AUGGGUGCCGAAUAUAGUCAUCAAGGAAGAAAUGGUGGUAGAAGACAUUUGAUAUAUGAAACAUAUGCUGGAAACCGAAAAGGUCGAUCUGGUGAACGUUGUUUUAAAUGCGGUGGUAAUGGAAAACUUUUUGUGGAAUCUGAAUGCAAUUCAUGUCGAUGUGAAGAACGAACAACUUGGUCGAAUUAUUCAAGAAGUUGUUCAUGUAAUGGUUACGGUCGUAAAACAUCCAGUGAAACAUGUGAUGAUUGUUAUGGACGAGGUUAUCAAUAA